AUGGGCGCGGGGGUGCUCGCCCUGGGCGCCUCCGAGCCCUGCAACCUGUCGUCCACCGCGCCGCUCCCCGACGGUGCGGCCACUGCGGCGCGGCUGCUGGUGCCCGCCUCGCCGCCCGCCUCCCUGCUGCCCCCGACCAGCGAGGGUUCCGAGCCGCUGUCGCCACAGUGGACGGCCGGCAUGGGCCUGCUGAUGGUCCUCAUCGUGCUGCUCAUCGUGGCGGGCAACGUGCUGGUGAUCGUGGCCAUCGCUAAGACGCCGCGACUGCAGACGCUCACCAACCUCUUCAUCAUGUCCCUGGCCAGCGCUGACCUGGUCAUGGGGCUCCUCGUGGUGCCGUUCGGGGCCACCAUAGUGGUGUGGGGUCGCUGGGAGUACGGUUCCUUCUUCUGCGAGCUCUGGACCUCAGUGGACGUGCUAUGUGUGACGGCCAGCAUUGAGACCCUAUGUGUCAUCGCCCUGGACCGCUACCUCGCCAUCACCUCGCCCUUCCGCUACCAGAGCCUGCUGACACGCGCACGAGCGCGGGUCCUCGUGUGCACCGUGUGGGCCAUCUCGGCCCUAGUGUCCUUCCUGCCCAUUCUCAUGCACUGGUGGCGGGCUGAGGGUGACGAGGCGCGCCGCUGCUACAACGAUCCCAAGUGCUGCGAUUUCGUCACCAACCGGGCCUACGCCAUCGCCUCGUCCGUCGUCUCCUUCUAUGUGCCCCUGUGCAUCAUGGCCUUCGUGUACCUGCGGGUGUUCCGCGAGGCCCAGAAGCAAGUGAAGAAGAUCGACAGCUGCGAGCGCCGCUUCCUCGGCGGCCCAGGGAGACCGCCCUCGCCCGUACCCUCGCCCACGCCCGGGUCCCCGCGCGCCGCCACCGACCCGCUGGCCAACGGGCGCACCAGCAAGCGGCGGCCCUCGCGCCUCGUGGCCCUGCGCGAGCAGAAGGCGCUGAAGACGCUGGGCAUCAUCAUGGGCGUGUUCACGCUCUGCUGGCUGCCCUUCUUCCUGGCCAACGUGGUCAAGGCCUUCCACCGCGACCUGGUGCCCGACCGCCUCUUCGUCUUCUUCAACUGGCUGGGCUACGCCAACUCGGCCUUCAACCCCAUCAUCUACUGCCGCAGCCCCGACUUCCGCAAGGCCUUCCAGCGCCUGCUCUGCUGCGCGCGCAGGGCUGCCCGCAGGCGCCACACGGCCCACGGCGGCCGCCCGCGCGCCUCCGGCUGCCUGGCGCGCUCGGGGCCGCCGCCGUCGCCCGGGGCCGCCUCGGACGAGGACGAAGACGCCGUCGGGGCCGCGCCGCCCGCGCGCCUGCUGGAGCCCUGGGCCGGCUGCAACGGCGGGGCGGCGACCGCGGACAGCGACUGGAGCCUGGACGAGCCGGGCCGCGCGGGCUUCGCUUCGGAGUCCAAGGUGUAA